GGCGGAGUUUGGCGGAGGUUGUUUUCACCCGGGCCUAGGUCCCCCAAGCUCAGCUGGGGCUGCGCGGCUUGGAGGUGUGAGCGGUCUGCAGACGGACGCUUGAGGCCGGAGCUAGCCAGGAGCGCCGGAGCGAAGCUGCAAGCGGGCGAGCGCGCGGGUGGUGGUGGUCGGCCGCCGCUAUGUCAGCGCGGUGCUGUGCGGGCCAGUUGGCCUGCUGCUGCGGGAACGCUGGCUGCUCCUACUGCUGCGGCCCCAAGGUCCGUCAGUCCCGGAGUACCCGCUUCAUGUAUGCGCUCUACUUCAUCCUGGUCGUCAUCAUCUGCUGCAUCAUGAUGUCCGACACCGUGGCCAACGAGAUGAGGGAGCACAUCCCUUAUUUUGAAGAUAUUUGUAAAGGCAUUAAAGCUGGCGACACCUGUGAGAAGCUGGUGGGGUAUUCUGCAGUAUACAGAGUCUGUUUUGGAAUGGCCUGUUUCUUCUUCAUCUUCUGCCUCCUGACCUUGAAUAUCAACAACAGUAAAAGCUGUAGAGCCUACAUUCACAAUGGCUUUUGGUUCUUUAAACUUCUGCUGUUGGGGGCCAUGUGCUCAGGAGCCUUCUUCAUUCCAGAUCAGGAGACCUUUCUGAAUGCCUGGCGCUAUGUGGGAGCCGUCGGAGGCUUCCUCUUCAUAGUCAUCCAGCUCCUCUUGCUUGUGGAGUUUGCGCAUAAAUGGAACAAGAACUGGACUGCAGGCACAGCUACCAACAAGCUGUGGUAUGCCUCUCUGUCCCUGGUGACCCUCAUCGCAUACUCCAUCACUACGGGAGGCUUGAUUUGGAUGGCCGUGUUUUAUACCCAGAAAGAUGGCUGCAUGGAAAAUAAAAUUCUCCUGGGAGUAAAUGGAGGCCUGUGUCUGCUUAUGUCAGUGGUAUCCAUCUCACCCUCUGUCCGAGAUCGACAGCCACACUCUGGGAUACUGCAGUCGGGUCUCAUCAGCUGCUAUGUCACGUAUCUCACGUUCUCAGCCCUGUCCAGCAAACCUGCAGAAGUAGUCCUAGAUGAACACGGGAAGAACGUCACCAUCUGUGUGCCUAACUUUGGUCAGGACCUAUACAGGGACAAGACCUUGGUUGCUGGACUGGGCACUGCCAUCUUGUGUGUAUGCAUCUUGUAUUCAUGUUUGACAUCGACGACAAGAUCAAGUUCCGAUGCUCUGCAGGGCCGGUACACAGCUCCCGAGCUGGAAGUAGCCCGGUGUUGCUUUUGCUUCGGCUCUGGGGGAGAGGAUGCUGAAGAGAAGCGGAAUAUGAAAGAGGGCCCACGGGUCAUUUAUGAUGAGAAGAAAAGCACUGUCUACAGCUAUGCCUAUUUCCACUUCAUGUUCUUCUUGGCUUCCCUCUAUGUGAUGAUGACCGUCACCAACUGGUUCAAUUUUCCUGCAGCACAAAGCACCUCACCCUGAACUCCCUCCGGGAGUGUUGAAGGUCAGCACCUGCAGCAGCACAGGGUUCAGUCUCCAAACAGGCAGAUGGCAAAGGCCCCCGGCAGGUUUGUAGUUGACAAUCCCUUCCCCGGGGAAUGUCAUCAAAGACUAGAAGUUGCCCCCACACCCAGAUUUCAACAUAAGCCCCCAUCUGUUCUUCUAAGGGUCCGUUUAUUUAUCUUUCUUAAAAAUCAUUUACUCUUCCCUAAGAUGCCUAUGUCCCCUUUCUCCUUUCCCUAUUAAGAUGGUAUGUACGUGAAUUGUAAGCCACUUUGGGGAGCCAGUUUUCCCUGAGCAUCUUUCAUGUAUAUGUGAGGUAUGCAUGUUAAUAAAUGUGUCUAUUUUUCUUUUGUUAAUGUGUUAUAUUACAGAGGUCUCAGCUUAGAAGAAUGGAGGGAGACUUUUUUUUUUCUUCUCAUAUACAUUGGUUUCAAGAAAGAACACUGGCAGAAUCACAAAGUGACUCUCAGAGCUUCUUCCUCAAGGUGGUAUACAUCACAUCUGUUAUCACUGUAUUGAUCAAAGCACAUCCUAUGGCCACUCUUGAGGUCAACAGACGGGGGAAGUAUAAUCUUCCCACACGGAGAGGUGUCUCAAAUCACAUAGUCAAGGCUGGUGCAAUAAGGCAGGCAAGUGUUACCCUCCCCCAGAGUGGGGAAGCUGAUAUUUUGAACAAUAAUAUAAUCUAAUAUAAUGGGGAAUAAGAUUUUUAAAAAUUCUUACAAUGUACUUUUUCCCCUUGUUAUACAUGAGGUCAAUGUGUCUUAACUUACAGAAACGAUCGUUUCUGGGUAUUGGAAUUAGGGUGAUUUUUAAUUUUCUCCUUUGAAAACUUCUAUAGUGAAUAUAUGUUUCUUUUGAGAGUAAAAUUUCAAUUUAGAAAUUCUUAUUAAAAAUUACUUUCAAAUGUAAACAGAAAAAGAAAAACUUAAGACAAAAAUUUAUUUCAUAACCAGAUUAAAAUUUAUAAAUUUUAUUUGAACGAAAAAGGCAGUUAUCCACAUAACUAAUCUGUUAUUUUUAAUACAGGAGGGGUGAUAUGUCCAAAACUUUUAAUAUCUCACAACAUAGAAGGAAAAAAUAAGUUGUAUAGCUUGUGUUUUAGGUAUCUCUCUAUCCAACCUGUCAGCUUAGAGUGUGGUUAUGAAAUGGAAUGUGUUUGUUAAAUAAAUACCUCAGUACAUGAUGAAUGUUGGUUAGUUGGCUGGGGAAAGCAUAGUCUCAUGAUGACUUAGAGGCAUUUAGUGUUACAAGAUACAUUCUUUUGUGGUUAUCUGGCUGAUGUCAUGGAAUUCUGACUUUUGCCACCAGGGAAGAUGAUAUUUCUCCUUGGCAGGAAACUUAAAAUACUUAGUACAGUUUGGAUCUCAUUGCAUGUUAUCACAGUGAAACUUUCGUGCUUAAUUGGCUCUCCUUUGCAUCUGAUUUUACAGUCAGUGCUGGUCUUACUGAUGAACUAGCUUUUUGUAAUCCAAGUUGGAUUUCUGCCUAAUUGGUUGUUUCUGUCCCAACUCUACAUGGUGGUUGAGACAAAAUCAGAUUUUCAGUUCUCCCCUCUACCCCACCACUUUGGUUAUUCAGUAUAUUUAAAUGAAUUUUCAUAAUGAUAAUCCUAAAAUGUUCUUCUCUUCUCUUUUGUCUCUUGGAGACAAGAAAGCUCGCAAGAUCACAUUGAUAGGUGACUGACUCAUAAGCUCCUCCUUGCUCAGAUAUAAUCUCUGAACUGAGCAAGCUUUAGAUGAAGCUUGCAAGAAGGCUCAUGAUUCAGCCUGUGAUCCCACCAAUAAAUGGUGAUAGAAUCAAUCUCUUUAGGUCUUUCUUCCAUUUUUUCAAGUAAUAACUUUACAUCUCUAUAUCUUCCUCCCACCACUCAACCCACAGCAUGGCCUUUUUUUGAUCCAUGUGAUAACAUCUCUUGAAUCAAUUUGCUCUUCUCUAUCUCCAGGCCUUUUUAGUUCACCUUAGAACCCCAAGAUUAGUAAAACAAACUUGCGCAACUGGCUCUCUCAAUUUUCAGAGAUGCCCGAUUCUUUACUAGCGUCGGUGACCUUUCAAGAAUGUAAAUCUAGUAAUCUAGGUCACUCCUGUGUAAGGAGCCCUAGGCUUCAUCAUAUAUUUAUGGCCCUCAAGUCCCAGAGACCUGGCCUCUGCCCCUCUCUCGUCUACCUCCCAGUGCUCUCACCCUAAUACUUCUCGUGUCAACUUUGCAGUACUAUUCAAUCCUUUGGUAUCCCUAAAUGUCCCUCCUGGAUCAUGAAUUUGAUUCUGCCGGGAGCAUUCCUCCGUCCUUCAUUUCUACCAGCCUCCCUAAAUUUCAAGCUUCCUUUCAGAUACCUGUUCUUUCAGGACACACUUCUUAAAACAGUUCCCCCCUCAGCCCCACUCCUGUUCAGAUUUGGGUUAUAGAAGGCGCAUAAUACUUUUCACGGUAUUGUAAUUUUCCAGUUUUGUGGUGGCAUCCUCUUCUCCGUGAGGGCAGAGACGAUGGGUUUUUUCACCACAGUAUACCUAGCACCUAGGAUAAUGCUGCAAUGCUAGGAUGUGCAAUUGCUGUUUGUUAAAUGGAUGGAUGGAUCUCUUCCCAAGGAAAAUCAGUAACUAGACCAUGUUGGUUAGUGAUACUGGGAGGCACAGAAUCUAGCACCACACAACUACCAUCUCCCUGUGCCAUCGGGGAUGGAAGGAACCCCUAUCAGGUUGUCUGCCUCCAUCCAUUUACUUUGCAAACUGUCCCAGCCCUCCUUCCCCCUCAUAGGGUUACAGGGAUGGACUCCUGGUCGCUCUGGUCAUAACCAAGGCUGCCCGCAGCCAUCACCAACUGGGUUCGGGGUUGGGGACUAUUCUAGGAUGAAUUAUUUUAUCCUAGAAUAUAGAAUUGUAGUAGUUGGUGAAUUAGUUGGUGAAUUAUUCUAAGAUAGACCCUGUGUCCCUUCCCCUGGAGACUAGACAGAGAUCAAGAGAAGAAAAAAGAAGGGGAAAGGGGAAUUAUCUCUGAAAAUAACUCCCCCUUGUCUAGACAAGCACCAUUUGACAUAGGCCCUGUUCAUGGUCAUGUUUUCUGCCCUGUGGACCAGAAACCCAGAGAUUUCUGUUGGGAGCAAGAUAAGGUAGAGAAAACUCUCUGAGAUAAGAGUUAAGAUCGUGAGAGAGCUCUAGUAACUAUUCCACACUCUGGUCUUAAGAACUUCACUUGACUCUGAGUUUUCCAUGAAACACUCCUGUAGCCUAAUAAAAUUUUCUUUUAUUAUUGGUAUUGGUGUGGAUAACUUAACAUUACUAAAAACAGGAUGUCACUUUAUGUCUUAGAGCCCUAAAUCUGCUUGAAAAAUAAGUACAGAAAUGAAGACGAGCUACAGGAGAGCAAGCAAAAGCUCUCCAGAUCUUGCAGGGGCAUCAGUCACCCUCACAGGUGCUUGGCAGAUGCAAAGGCAGGCAAAGGAGUAGAAGAGCUUGAUAGUGGAAGGUUAUGUUCUGAUUGGAAGCCGCUGCCAUGAAGAAACUUGUUUGCAGGCUAACAGGCUAACUAGAUGCAGGCAUCUCUUGUGGUUGGUAUGGGUGGAGAUUUAGCUUUCUCUACUUAGUCCUAAAUUGGAAGUGGGGGCAAAAAUUAUGGAAGCUCUCAGUUAUUAAUCAAAUUCUGGCCAUUUUGAGUCAAUCACUACAAAGGUUGUUGUUUGGAUUCCUGGGUUGGUUGCUUCAUGUUGUGGGUCAGAGUUCUUGUGUGUGUUUUUGGUUGUCGGUUCUUUUUUUUUUUUUUAAACUGUACAGCACAGCCUGUAGGAUUUUAGUUGCCUGAUCCUGGAGGGAUUGAAUCCAGGACCCCAACAGUGAGAGUGCCAAGUCCUAACUGGACUGCCAGGAAAUCCCCCAGCAUUCUAUUUCCAUAUAUAUAAGCUGGCCAUUGUCCAUUUAUUUCAGUAUCUCAUGAUGAUACUUGUAUGUAUCUACCUCCUUUACUUUAAAAAAAAAAUAGUAAAAGAAACUUCUUGAAUUCAUCUUGGUCAAGGGCAUAAUGUGUGUGGAAACAUGUUCUGCUUUUGGAAGGCGUUUUAGCAUAAGAGACACAGAAAGAAGUAUAUGCAUCAGGCUGGGGUUCCAGGAGAUGUGAUCAGAAGAAGCCACCUUCCUGGAGAACAGUGGGAAAUGCCAGAUCGUCCACGUUCAUCAGGCUUGGAAAUCUGCUGGGAGGUCCAAGUCAGCACAGUGGCUUUGGAGUCACUUUGCCAAACUUCGUUUUCUUUGCCAGCAGUGCCACAUCUAAGGCUUGGAUUUGAGGGCUGGUGAAAUGGGAAGUGGAGCGUCUGCUCACAUAGCUGCAACUAACACCCAGACUGUUCAUGUUCCCCUCAGAUUCCAAGUGCCACAGGGCUCCCUCAUAUACAGUGGGGACACAGAACGAUGUCUCCACUAAAAGAAUGCUUGGGUAUCACCUAACCUGCUUUCUACCACCUCCUCGUAGAAUUCUUUAAAAAAACAAAAAAAAACUAGGUGAGGAAACAGAUUUAGAAAAUAUAUUGGUUUUCUGUGGCAGCUGUAACGAAUUAUCACAAACUUAGUGGUUUAAGCAACACAAUUGAAUUUGUUCACAGUUCUGGAGGUCAGAAGUCUGGGUGGGCUUGGUGAGGUUUUUUUCCUCAGGGUAUCACAGGGCCAGAAAGUAAGCAUUGGCUAGCUGGAGCUCGUCUCUGCAACCUCUGGGACGAAUCUGCUUCCAAAGUCUUUCAAGUUAUUGGCAGAAGUCAGUUCUCUGCGGCUGUAGGUCUGAGGUUCCGGUUUCCUCCCUGGCUGCUAGCCAGGGGCCACCCUCAGUCCCUUCUCAAAUGGCCCUCCAUCUCCGGAGCAGCAAAAGCAUAUGGAGCCCUCUCAUGCUCCAGUCUCUCUGACUCCCCCUUCUGAGCUUUAAAGGACUCACGUGACUGGAUCCGGUCCACCCAGAUAAUCUCCUCACGUUAAGGCCAAUUGACUUGGAGCUUUAGUUAUAUCUGAAGAAUUCCUUCACAGAAAUCUGGAGAUUAGUGUUUAAUUGAAUGAGUAACCAGAGGACAGGACUCUCAGAGAGGCCAUCUUAAGAUUUGCUUACUACAUGUUUUAUAUUACAAAGAAAUUCUGAGCAGAGAGAGACUCUUGAACCAGUUCUAGGUAAUGUGUAAUUAUUACGUAAAGGCGGAGAAAAAAGAUGAACAUUUUUCUGACCAUCUAUACAUUCAUUGUUAAAAAAAAAAUUCCUGAAGGUAUAGGGACUUCAUUCUCAUUUGCAAAAAAAAAAAAAAAAUCCAA